CGUAACAUUUCGCGUCUGUGGAUCAUGUGACAGGUGUUUUCCUGUAACUCAAAGUGGAUUUUUACGAAGGGAAAAGACGACAUAAUGUUAAAACCUAAAGCUUUGACACAAGUGUUAAGUCAAGCAAACACCGGAGGAGUGAGCAGUACCCUUCUGCUGAACAAUGAAGGGUCCCUGCUGGCAUAUUCCGGUUAUGGAGACAAGGAUGCUGCAGUCACUGCUGCCAUCGCAAGCAACAUCUGGACAUCAUAUGUUAGGAAUGGAACUCAGGCCUUCAAUGAUGACAAGUUGCAACACGUCCUGGUAGAGUGCAAAGAGGGGAAAGUUGGUCUGACCAAGGUUGCCAACCUGCUCCUGUGUGUGUGCUGCAAGGACAGUGUAGGGUUUGGAAUGUUGAAAGCAAAGCUGGAAGCACUAGCCACAUACUUGGAGGACCCCCUAUCCCAAGUGGCAGCCUCCUGAUAGUGGAUAGCACACAAGAUGUGUACGUGAAAUGACAGUCAACAGCUCCUGUCACCAUCUUGGCUGCUUCCUGCAUCAUUCCCGGUCCUGUUGCCAGGCAAACUCUUUGAACAAACAGGACUUUGUUCACCUCAGUAUUUGGCAUAACAUGUUCAGAUUACAUAAAAUAUUGGUACACUUUUAUUUUAAUCUAGCAAAAUAUAGGUUGAUUAAUGUAUAAUGUUGAAGCUUUAACUGCAUUAGAAUGGGUCAGUUAGGUAAUGAACCCAAGUGUUGGGGUAUAUAUGCCAUGACGCAUCUCCAGUUGUGUGUAUUUCAGUGUUUCUCGCACUUCACUGUUCGAAGGGUGUACUUGUAGAUGAAUGAUUGAAUACAGCUGUGAGAAUAUAAAAACUGUAUCACAGCAUUCAUUGGAAUGUCAUACUUAAGACUUGUCCUAAAAAAAAAGCAAGGAAAACCGCAAUUGUGAUACAAAUUCAGGGCCAUCUGGAAUGAUGUUACAGUUACAAAAGAAUAUUAAUGCUGUUAGUGUUUUGUCGAUACUAAUAUUGACACUGCAGAAUUCUGGUCCUGUGAUAUAUGUUAAUCACAUGUCAGUGGUGCUAUUAUGUUGAUACUCUAGGUGUUUAACACUCCACCAGCUGUCAAAUACAUCAGCUUGUCUUUGUGUUGGUUGUCUUGGCAGAUUUCAGCUGACUCUUAUCAUUUACAUUCAACAGUUGAUGAUAUAGGAUUCACUUAGCUAAUUUAGAACUGUUUGACACUCAAGGUUAAAGGAUUUCUUUGACCUAGAGGUAGCAUUGUGGUUCAGCUGGUGGCUCCCACUGAAGGCCCAAUUUCUGUUUUCAACAAGAGUAUGUAUGUGAAGUUUUUUCUUGGUAUCCCUUGACAUGAUAGAACUGGAAUAUUGAUAAGAGCAGAUUGGUUUCUAACUGAAACACUUUUUCCUAUAACAUUUUUCAAUGAGAUCAGUAUACUGGUUUAGAUAAAAUGUACAUCUCCAGGUAUAUUCAGCAUGCAUUCUUUUGUCCCAUUGUAAAAGAGCACAUAAGGCAAAGCUUGUGAAAUGUUUUAUUGUCCACACUACUAAGAGUUUCUUGUAUGCAACAGCCAUGUACUUUAUGUAAAUAAAAUGUUGAUAUGACAGAA